AUGGCAGCACAGAACGGUCUUGGCGGUCAACGACGGGAGGUGGCGGCGAAGCAGCAGCAAUGUGCGGGCACUGGCAGCGGCAUCCGCGAGCAGAGGCACAACGCUGGUCGUGGGCACCGGCAGCGAAACAGGACGACGAAGCAGCAAAUGCAGCGAGGCAGCGGUGCGGUGGUGAGCUCGCAGGACGAGGACGACGACGAGCUUGGCUCAUCCGGAGGUAGGGACGAGGCCCUGCCGGCAGGCAGGAGGCUCAGAGGAGGGAUGCGAGGUCGAGGAGGAGGCCUCGGGCAUGGAACGCGGGCAACUGCUACGGGCGCCAUGGCCAUGGCCGUGGUCGGUGGAGGAAGGCAAGGCGGCAUGGCGGCCAAGGGGCAGCGCUCGGCGGUGUUCGAGGGAGGAGCUGGCGAUGGGGGGUUGCGUGGGAUCGGGAGGAAGGGGUCGAGGGGGCUCGCGACAUAA